GCAUGGUUUGCAUAGCUUCGCUUUCACCGGUGUUGUGUCGCCGCAUGCAUGAAAUUUGUUUGAACAGUUCUAGCUCGGUGGAAUCAGUGUACCCUUGUUUGAAUUACGAGCUGUAGUGUUUUCUGUCACAAUGUACGCUUCUAGAAUGAAACGGAGCAAUUUUGUGGUUGUACCCUGGUAUAAUAGGCACGAAUGGGAGAGGACGUACCAGAACCUUUUCAGCAGUUCGGCCGAGGAUCAGUUUGCCGGGCUUGGAAUCGUUGCUGCGUGGCGUAGCAGACUUUACAGCCACCUUCCACGAGCCAUUGAGGCCACAGCAGCACUGGUCCGGGCGCAGCUGAGCGACAGCCGUCUGCAAAGCGGCACGGCGGGAGCUGGCAGACUCAGUCCCGAGGAGCUCAGCUCUCUGUAUGCUGUGGCCAUAGUCAGGUUUGUUGGUGACAUUGUUGAGCCUGUACGGGGCGUGAAGAACAUUAGUGCAAAGGAAGCCGCAUUCCAGCUGGGCAUCCCAGACUGGAUACUGGAGCUGCGGCAUGCAUCGGCGCAUGGUUCCGUGUGUGGCGCUGCGUCCCUUGGUGUUCUACGCUCGGCGGCGGCCCUGCUGCUGGAGUGGCUGCGGCUUCACCACUGGGAACCGCAGAGGGACACCCUAGUGGCCACUGAGGUGGCCGUGGCUGCACUCCGCCAAACGAGCAGCAACGAUGACGAUGGCGAGCCUGCGUGCUGCAGCCCGGCCCAAGUGCGGCAGACACUCGACAGCUGGCUGUUGGUGUCCAUCAAGCGGAGACGCAAGUGCCCGAGACGCGAAAUGGACGAGCUGCAGAAGAAGAGGCAGGCGUGCCUCGACCAGAUUGCUGCGUUUGCCGAGGAGGACAGUGACCUCGUUGUGGACAUGCUUAUCACGGGUGGAGACUACCUGCUGCCGUCGAGGGAAUCCCUGGAGGAGUUGUGUCCGAAUCUGAAGCUGUCCUUGCCAUCGUCAACGGAUGGCUCUCCCUGCCGCCUUCCACGUGUCCUUGCCGACCGCUGGGACCCCCUUCUCGCAACACUACAGCCUCACGUGCUGCAGAAGUUGGCCGAGCGCUUCCUGUCGCAGCCACGCAACACCCGUCGCAGUGAUGAGGAGGAGAGCUUGCGCCACUACCUGUCGGUGGCUUGGCUCGGGCACCUACUGGCCAGCAGGCGCGAACAUUCUGGCCAGUCGUCGGGAACCGGUGAGUGCAGUGACCAGAGCAGUGGAAGCUCAUCAACUCCUUCAAAGCUCAAUGUGACACGACUUCUCAAGGCUGCCAUGGACAAUCCGAUGGAGUACUCGACCAAAGCCAUCACACUGCUGUCCCGACACAUGUGGCCACUUCUGAGCGAAGCAGAGCUCGGCCACCUGACGGCACUGGCAGCCAUCCAGGGGGGCCUGAUGGUGGGCCGCAGAUGGGACGGCAGCGACAGAAUGGAGGAGAACGAUGGCGCCGAAGGAGGGCUCGACGACGACGAGGCCGGUGGCGAGGGGAGCUACGUGCCAUUCACCGUGGAGGACUUCCAGGGGUCUGAAGAUGGCUUUGAGGAGCUAGCCUGGAAGCUGCCUCGAACUCCAAUGGAGUGGAGUGACAUGCCCAUCGGAGCACUGCCUGGAUCCCCUGCCGACAGGCUUGACCUGAGCCUUGACUUCAAGGAGCUGAGGCCAGUCGGUGCGCCCAGGCCAGGGGAGCGAAGGUUGGCCUCGGAGCAGGGAAGUACAGAGGCUGGUGUGGAUAACGAGGAUGCCCAGCUGCCAUCGCUUGCAGACCAGCUGGAGCGCAUCAGUCAGAAUGUGCAGCUUUUUGUCGUCUGAUCCACUGCACUUGUGAUAUAUGUAUGCCAAUUUUGAAGUAAUAAAAUCUCAUUCCCAAGGUUUCA